GUGCCGCGGACCGCUCGCCUCGGGGCCGCUUCGGCCGCGCACCGAGGCUGGGGGACGGCGGAGCCUCGGGUAUGUUCACGGCGGCGGCUGAGAACCUCCUCCGACAGGCCAGGGCGGUCCAGGAGGAGGAGCUGCGGAGAUUCGCCUCCCGCGUCGCCGCGCUCCUGCAGGUCCCGGAGCCGGGCCCCGAGGCCGUGGACUGUCUCCAGAGGCUGCAUCUCACCCUCGCCGCCACCAAGUACCCACGCAAGCUAGAUGGCAAGUUUGUGGAACUGUUGCAGACAGUGCUGUGUUCAUCCAAGUGCUCUGAGCAGAUUCAGGUGUUAUGUGCUGCCAUCCUGAGAGAGAUGUCACCUUGCAAUGAUCUGAUCCUCUCCUGUGAUGAGAUUGAAGAUACAAAGCUCUUGAGCCUGGUGUCCUCCAUCCUUUUGGUUCAGGGAAACAAGAAGGCUGAAGUGUCUGCUGUGGGGCAACGUGUUGUAAAAGUCCUUGAAAGAAAACUGCCUGAGGGUCAGAGUGCUCGGUACCUUCUCCCUGUCCUGUCAAAUGUCAUCAGUCUUGCACCAGAAUCUCUAACUGAAGAGCAGACCAAUGUAGUCAGUAAGAAGAUGACUGACUGGCUGAGGUAUGCGAGUAUUCAGCAAGGAGUUGCUCAACCCUCUGGAGGCUUCUUCUCCAGUCCCAGAAGCAGACAGCCUGGUCGUGUCACAGAGAUGGACGGUGCCGUUGCCACAGACUUCUUCACGGUGCUCUCAGUGGGUCAGUACUACACACAGGACCAGUGGCUCAACAUGCAGGCUUUCUCCAUGCUGCGAAGUUGGCUGCUGUGCUAUGGGGGCACAGCGUCGAAGCCCCCGAGUUCAGAUGACAAAUCAGGAAUGGACAGGUCUGUUAUGUCUGUGGCCUCAACUACAUCCACAUCCAGUCGGCUGCUUCCCCCAAAGGAGCGUCUGCGGGAGAAAGCCUUUGAGUACUGCCAGCGGCUCAUUGAGCAGAGCAACCGGCGACCCCUGAAGAAAGAUGAUGGAGACCUGCAAAAAGCUUGUCUCAUCGAGGCAGUGACAAUCAUGGACAUCAUCUGCAAACAGGACUCCUCCUAUGUGUACCGUGCAGCCUCCUUCCUGAAAAUCCUGCACAGCAGAAUCUGUGGGGAUGCCACUUAUGCCAGGACACUACUGCCCAUUGCCCAGUUCUUCCUGAACCACAGCAAAGUGGCAGCUGUGGACUCCGAUGCAAUCUACAAACACUUAUUCACUGAUAUCCCAGCUCAGCUCUUCCACAAUCCAUCACUGGCCUUCGAGUUCAUCCAGUUCUGCAAAGACAACAGCCAGCUCUUCACUGAGACCUCCAGCAUAUUCAGGCAGAGCUUUCCAAAUCUCUUCAAGUUCCUGGCAUGGAACAGCCCACCCCUUAUCUCUGAGUUUGUGGACCUUCUCCCAUUUCUGCUGGAUGCAGGCACGGCCAUUGAGAUCUUCCAUUUGCUGCUUGACCUGCCCUGUUUGACAGCAGCUCUGGACAUCCAGCUGAGGUCAGCUGCUCUUCCUGCCUGCGAGAAGGCUGCCAGCGAACCAGCCUCUGCUCUGGAAGCCUUUCGCCACCCCCUCUACAGGAGCACGUUCCAGUAUCUCCUCCGCACCAAGUCUGCUCCUGAGGAUGCCCCAGAGAGGCUGAUCGUGGUUCGGCAGUUGCUGGGAUCCCUGGCCAGCAGCCCCAGGGUCGUGCAAUGUGCAGAGACUGUCCCUGUCUUACUGGAGCUGUUUUUCAGGGUGGUGGCAGAGUUUGCAGAUGGGCCAUUGAUAAACCAGCUGGUGGUGCUGCUGCUGCAGAGGAGCUACCAGCUCUACGAGAUCCCAGCGUUUAAAGAUGAUGUGUACAGGGUGCUGAGCUCGCAGCUGGUGAUGCUCUGCAGGCUGCGCCCCGCGCUCGUCGUGGAACUGUCCACAGAGAUUCUGGAGUUCGCAGGAACAAUCAGCAACAUCCAGAACAAGGAGGCCAUCUUCACCCACCUGGUCUGGGCUAUUGGGGAGUACCUGUCUGUGGCCUAUGACAAGCGCUGCACUGUGGAGCAAGUCACCAGGUUCUUUGAGACUCUGGAGGCCAUGCUGUUCGAAAUGACCCAGCUGAGACCCCUGGGCAGCACCCCCAGCUACGCACCCCGAGCCAUCAGCGUCCUCAUGGCCACCUUGACCAAGCUGGCAACUCGCAGCCAGGACUUGAUCCCCAGAGUGUCCAUGUUCCUGUCCAAGAUGAGGACGUUUGUGCAGAGCCCUGCUGUCACCUCUGUUUACCGUGAGGAGGACCUUGAGCAGCUCCUUAUCCGGGCAACAGAGCUCAUGAACCUCCUGAAGAUGCCAAGCGUGGCUCAGUUUGUCUUCACGUCACCCACAGACGUGGCCAGGACACGGUUUCAGAGAGAGGUGAACGACUCCCUCCCUUUUGCCCUGAGGAUAGUGACCCGUCUCCUAGAGCCAACUCCUGGCUUCAUGCCAGGGUGAGGCCAUGAGGUUUCUGAGAGGCUCCAGCCUCUCUUGUAACUCCUCGGGCACUGCUGACACUCAGGACUGAGAACCUGCUCUGAACUGGAAAUGGGGAACAAAUGACUGUGAACGAAACAGAAAACAGGAAUAAGUAGAGCUGAGGCUGCUCUUCUGGUCUAAGGCUCUUUGUGUUUCUGUCUCCUAGUGCCUGUUGCUUUUCUAUCUCCUAAGCUUGUCUUAUCUCUCCCUGGCCAGUAUGGACUGAAAAUCCCAGUGGAUUUGUGUGAACGUGGCAGGAGAGUGAAUGCAUCCAUUAAUACCUUGCCAGCACACCGUGUCGCUUUGGAGACAUAAUUCUUCCCUCCCCUCCUCUGGCUUGUUUCUCCCUCCCUUUUGCCCUCACUGCCCCUGGCAACGUGUGUGCUGCUUUGAUUGCCUCUGCUUGCAGCAGAUCAGCCGAACAAACACCCGUGCAAGGCAGAGAAAGCAGAAGGGACUCCAUUAAGUCUGUGGUGAGCCCUCGCUGCUACUCUGCCUUACCCUCAGAGUGAAGGUGUUGAGCUCCAAGAGACAGCUGCCAGACUCGAGCUUAGAUUGAUCAAUCCAGUUUAUUGUUGACACCAAGAGCAUUUCUUAACAUACACCAGCCCCGUGUCAAACAGGCGCCGUGCGCAUUCCGUGCCCGCGCCAGACCUUGAUCCACAUUUGAGCUGUACAGUAUUAACAAAGGGGGGAAGUCAGUCUGUGCUGCUGCUCCUCCCGGGAGAAGCAAGCCCUCGUGCACAUUAGCAAGUAGCAGGGGUUAUUUACAGUCAACACCUGACUGCCUCGUGAGCAACAUACAGCUCUGAGGCUAUGUCCCACCCAGGGGGCACCUGGAGAGUCAGGCUCAGUGGGGAGCCGGGGGUUGUGCUGGUACCACUGGAACUUGCCCAGGUGCAGCACUUACCCAGUGCUGUGUGGUGCUAACCAAGCCUCCCUCAGAGCCCUGGCUCCUGGGCAGAGGAGAGUAAGGAGUGCAUGCAGUUUGCCAUAGGGCUUUAGGCAGCCCCAUUUCCUGUCCUACAAACCUGCUGAGCUACAGGGAGGAUAAAAGACCAACACACCUACUCGGUUCAAAGUCGAGUGAAUCACCAGGAGCCCCUUGUGGCCCCGAGCCUUGGCUCAUCUGCCUGCUGCAGCAAGGGAUGCACUGCUCCCAGUUCCUGCUGGGGCAGCCCCCUGGGCCAGUUGACUUCAGCAUGGCCUAGCAGAAAAGCAAGGCACUGUUGUCUCAGCGAAGGUGCUUUGUCCAUCAUGCCCUAAAAAAGGCAUGCCAGGCUGCACUGAAAUCCAGUAAUGGAGUGUUUUCACUGCCUGGAUUAUUUUGACAUCUUCCUCCUUCUGCAAAGUGCAAGGCUAAGCAAACAAUAUUACAGCAGUGAGGCUUAAUUAAGGCCAACCUUGUUAAGCAUCCCUUUUUUAGCAUCACAAUCCUGGGAGUGCUGCUGUUGUGAGAUGCCAUGUGAGUCUCUGAGUUGCUGCCAGAGCCGAGGUCCCGCUGGUUUAAGCGCAGGGUGUGAUUCAGGGCUUUGUGGCAGGCUAUUUUCAGAGAGGUCAGCUAAAGUAGGCCUCAGUAUCUGUCUAUAUGUGGAAAUCAGGUCAGGUUUAUCCCAUUAAUGUUGCUGAGCGCAGAGGGAGGAGUGGUGGGGCAGGGGAGCACCAGCCGCAGUGUGGAGCUGCUGUCCCAGCACAUCACCGCUGCAGACCCACCCUCCAGAAGGAGCCUUUGCUGCCCAUCAUCACCCCUCAGAAUGUCAGCAGUGUGCACUCCUGAGAUGCUCUGAGCUGGCCAGGAAACACAGUGGCGGUGCCAGGUGGAGGAGAGGGCCAGGAGGCGGUGCCAAGAUGUCGUUUUUCUGCCUGGGCCAGUGAAGGGCUGGCACUGCAUGCUGCUGGGCUCACUCAGGUUCCUGGUGGCACAAACCCACCAUCCCCAGUUCGUAGGGACCAAGGGCAGGCACAGAAGCGCUAACCUGGCCAUAGCCCCUUGGAGAGGGCAACAGCUCCUGUGUGAGGAAAUUCUCUGCUGGGUCAGUCCUGGGGGCUUUCUGCUAAGGAUCAUGGUGCCAGAGCCAGGCAAUAAAUCUGCUGCAUGAGCAAGGGUAACAGUCUUUUUUCUUCAAGGGACUCUACCCAGGAGUGGCAGGGAACUGUUGGUGGUGUCAGCCCUCUGCUGUAGCUGUGUCCCACCUCAAAGCCAGGCUGGGCUAUGCAAUGGUAGCCCAGCAGCAGAAAGGUGCCUGACUUAGGGUCUGGCAUCAGGGAACCUUAACCCUAGCAAUGCAUCCUGCUUGGAAUCCUGAGUGUUUGUGCUGCCUUUACCACCCUCAGAGCUGGGCACCCUUUUCCAGCCUGAUGUGCCAGCACUUCACGUGGCCACUGCCACAGCGAAGCCCAGGCCUGCCCCACAUGCUGAUCUUUAAAUCCCAAAGGUGUUUCAAGCCUUCUGCCUGCCAGUGUGAAGGACCACGCCGGGCUGCCAGCCUGGAGGAA